CAUCGGUAGCAACUGGAACGGUAUCCCGGGCACCAGUUCCUGGCCGCUACUGAGUAUUCUCGACCACCUCGUAGUAUCUCGAUAAGAUGGGUUACUGGGAAGAUCCCUCCAACAUGGUUGGCAGUGGCCUCAUGGCCUCAACGAACCCAUACGGCAACUACACCGUUGUCGACAGGGUACCUCGAGAGCUUUUGGGCUACAUCCACGAACAUUGGUACCAGCACCCUCCCAUGAACCCUCUCUGGUACAGUUUGGUUGGUUUCUGGAUGUUUAUCAUGGGGGUUCUUUCUGUAGCCGGCAACUUCGUUGUAAUCUGGGUUUUCAUGAACACCAAAUCUCUCAGAACACCAUCAAACAUGUUUGUUGUAAAUCUUGCCUUCUCAGACUUCUGUAUGAUGGCAUUCAUGUGCCCACCUAUUUUGGUGAACUGUUACUACCAGAUGUGGUCAUUCAGUGGUAUCUUCUGUGAGAUCUAUGCUUGCAUUGGUUCUAUCUGUGGAACCGCCUCCAUUUGGUCUAUGGUUUUCAUAACCCUCGAUCGUUACAAUGUCAUUGUAAAGGGAAUCUCUGCCAAACCUUUAACCAACAAGGAUGCUAUGCUGAGAAUUCUGUUUGUAUGGAUCCAGACUAUUUUCUGGUGUGCCCUUCCAUUCUUCGGAUUCUGCAGAUAUGUUCCUGAAGGUAACAUGACCGCCUGUGGUACUGACUAUCUCAGUGAUGAUCUUUGGAGCCACCUUUACCUCUAUUUCUAUGCCAUCGACUGUUAUAUCUUCCCCCUGUUCUUAAUCGUCUACUGCUACGCAUUCAUCUUGAAGGCUGUUGCCACUCACGAGAGACAGAUGCGUGAACAGGCCAAGAAGAUGGGCGUCAAGUCUCUGAGAAAUGACCCAGAAGCCAAAAAGACAUCAAACGAGUGCCGCCUUGCUAAGGUUGCCCUUAUGACCGUUUCCCUGUGGUUCAUGGCAUGGACUCCUUACUUCAUCAUCAAUAUUGGAGGCAUGAACUACAAGGAAAUGAUCACUCCUCUGUUCUCCAUCUGGGGUUCUGUUUUCGCUAAAGCCAAUGCUGUGUACAACCCCAUUGUCUAUGCCAUCAGCCACCCCAAAUACAGAGCUGCUAUGGAGAAGAAAUUGCCGUGCCUGUCAUGUGCAACUGAGAGCGAUGAUGACCACUCCGUGGCUGAUACUGCUUCAACUGCCUCAGCCAAUGAAAAGACUGAAAAGUGCUAAAAACUCUGAGAGUAGGCGCUGACCAAGCAUGAUACCGAGAUUGGGUGGGAAAAUCUUUUAAUCGAAAUAUUACCCGAACAUGUUCGAAGUAAGUUUUGAAAUAAAUCCUUGGCAUUAA